AUGGCCAUCUUGGGGACAAUACCAAUACAAACGGCUCCCAGUCCUCUGUACAAUGCAAAGAAUCCCUCGUUCUGGACAAUGUUGACACCCGUGGAAAUCAGUCCAGGCGGCUUGUUGGACUUGAGCGCAGCCGACUUCUUGAACAGUUGCAUCCGCACCUUGAUGGUGUCAAGAGGAUGGCAGCAAAGGGCCUCGAACAGACCUGCUGUUCCUCCAGCCACGAGAUCGAUGGCAGUGUUCUUUGGUCUCUUGUUGUUUGCGGCAGAAGCACUCAUGUUAUCACAACAUUUUUAUCCGCACGGACCCCCCAUCCUUUAUACCUGGUCGCUACCAUAUCCCCAGAUUUUCUCGCGGCACAUCGGAGAAGGUCCAACGGAAAAAUGGCAACUCCGUUGA